AAUAAUAAAAGUUAAAUCAAACAAUUUUACAAAAAAUCUUCACUUUACCGCAAUAUCAUUUGUUUAUGUGGAAACCAGUGAAACGUGAAGAAAAUCGGAUCAAAUUUUGUAAAUAGUAGACAUAUUUUUGGGAUUAAUACACGAGGAUGAUGACAACAAACAUUUAAAAUGGUUUGAAUAAUGCUUCGACACAGCAAAUAUAAACAGAGUAAAAGUCCAGCACCAAACACUAUGAGACAUUCUUUAAUAAUAGACCCUGUGGACCAAUGGCUAUUAGACAUACAAGGGGCUGUAGAGAUGGAGUGUAUGUCAGUCUUACAGGGCAAAUCUAUCCUCAAACACAUGGAUAAAUAUGCCAUCAAUUCAGCAGCUAUAAGAAGUUCAAUUAACACAAUACGUAAUGAAUCUCAUUUAAUCAGUGGAGAAUUCUCUAAGUUAUACAAAAGUGUAAACAGUGAGAAGUGGAAAAAUGUCUACCCCUACACAAUACAAGUCACAUGUCACAUACGAUCACUCAUCCAUGAAUGUAAUGAAACCAUGCCAAAUGCUCCAACAUAUAUUUUAGAGCAACAAGAAGUUGUAAUGGGAGAAUGUGCCAAGCUUGCCCAGUUAGUAGAAAGUACUGCAGCAAAAUCAGAGGAGAAUCCAUCUCGGAUACCAGUUGUUAAUCAGCUUACAUUCCUAGGACAAGCUUUCAGUAGAAUGGUCGAUCUAUCACUGGGACAUCUUACGCAGAAAAUAAUUAUCACAUUGGACGAGGCUAAUGAACCACCAACCCUUGCCACAGCUAUGAGAACAAUCGUCACUUUAGGGCUGGAAGGAGAACAUAUGUGUUAUAUUAUAGCAAGGGAAGGUGGAGUACGAGCCCUAUUAGAAAUCUGUCGGACAGAGUCAUUAGAGUUUGCCCAUUGUCAAGCUUUGAGAGCAUUAGCCACCAUCUCAUGUGUUGCUGAAAGUUUAUUUGAAAUUGAAAAGGAAGGAGGAGUAGAAACUUUGAUUGAGAUUUUAUGUGAUACAACAGUCGGAGAGAAGGUACGAGGUGAAGUAGCAGGUGUCAUAGCACAGAUUACCUCCCCUUGUUUGGAGAAUUACCAACAGAUGUCAGACUUAGUAGACAAUAUGGAGGAUUUACUCAGGUCUUUAUUAGGUUUAGCCAGUACGACAGAAUCAUAUGAAAUAUUCCUGUUGUCGUCUGCAGCUAUAGCCAACAUAACCUUUAUGGACAGUCUUGGCUGUGAAAUUUUAGCCCAAUAUGAAGCUCCAAGGAUUCUAAUCAAGGCAUGCAGUACUCCUAUAGCCAAUUCUGUCUUUGCAAAAGAUCAGGUUGUGACAGUAUUAGCUAACAUGGUAGCAGUAGACAUGUGUAGACCUUGUAUAAUAAACAAUAAUGGAAUUAGUUUGUGUUUAGAACUAUUAAGUAUUUGUCCUGCUGAUUACAAAUCAGCUUCAGAAAUAUCAGCUUGUGAACGGGUACAACAAAAAGCUGCUAUUGCUCUGACAAGGAUGUGUAGGGAAGAAGAAAUAGGGAAAAUUAUUUGUACAUCAGAAGGUAUACCUAGACUUGUACAGCUGUGUAGAUAUGCUAAGGAGAGGAAUAAUAGUGAAGCUGUCCUGGUGGCUUGUUUAGCAGCACUAAGGAAGAUAAACUCCCAGUAUAAAUCUACCAACAUAAGCCCUGUUGACUAUCAUCAGCUGAUUCAACCAAGACUAAUGGAUUCAUUUCUUAUUUGUACAAACACGGAUGAAAAUUUUGUAUGAUUAAACCUGAAUAUUAGGCUAAACGAAAAAAUAUUUGCUUCUCAGGCUAGUUAUUGUUUUUAUACAACAAUUGAGUUGUAUACAGAUAAUCAGUGAACAUCAUUAUAUCCUCUGUACGGCCAGACCUGCCAACGGUCCCAAUUUAUGGGGGAUAUCCCCGAGGUGUUGACCUGAAUUUGAACUUCUUUAUUUUAUAAACUGAACACCUCAAAACAGGCAUUCAGAUGGGUUAAAAGGGUAUUUUAGCACAUACAUACUCUUUGAAACAUUAUAUAGCAGUAGAUUAAAAACACUUACGAUAAAAGAGGAGCACAAGUUCCUUUUGUGCUAAAAAUCCCCAUGGAGAUUUUGAAAAGUUGGCAGGUAUGUGUACGGCAGAGAUUUCAAAAGUGGAUAUAUAUGAAAAGAAUGUCAAGGUCAUAAAUAAUGGAAUGAAUAAUUAAAUUUCUGACAAUUUUUAUAUUGAAAUUCUAAGGAUUUGUUAUAAUUGUCUGAAAGCAAGGUUGUGAUUUUUAGUUUUGAUUUUACACUUAUAUUUAGGAUAUUAUUUUAAUGAAGAAUUUUUUAUCUGCAAAUGAAUUUGUAUGUUUACAUUUUGAUUGAGGACACAGCUUAUUUGUUCCUCAUAUUCUUUAUUGCAAAUAAAAGUAGAGUUAUCUCCCAUGACAUAUCAAAUACUGUUAUUUCUUAUCUUUUUAUUUUUUUAUAUGUAAUUGUCAUUUUUUUGUUAAAAAAUGUUUUAACAAAUGCUAUCAUCAAAAUCUAUUUAUUGCAACAUUGGAUAUAAAAAAUGUUUUAACAAAUGCUAAAAGAUAGACUGAGCUGUUAUGAGAGGUUAAAUAUUUAUUUUGCAUUUUCUAAUAUUUAAUGAUUUGUUAUAUAUUGUUAUAUAUAUAUAUAUAUAUAUAUAUAUAUAUAUAUAUAUUAUCUAAAUACAGCAUUAAAUGUUUUUGUUUUUGUCAGCAUUUUGUGAUAAUUGUCAAAAUUUAUAUAUGUUUUGUUUUGUGUUGUAUACAGAUAAAAAACCUGAACACAAUGUACACAUUUUCCUGCAAGUUUUCAUAUUUUUUUUUCAAAACCAGCAGCUGCAUAAAUAUUGUCUUUGUGAAAAUCUAAAUGUUCAAAGGGUACUAAUUUUAGUUGAUUUUUGUAAAUACCUUCAACAUCAAAAUCCAGUUUUUAGGUAAAAAAAACAUCUUAUCGAUUUGAAGUGUUAUAUGAUGGUUCUCUUCAAUGUACUAAAUUUUAUGAAAAGUGCUGAAUAUUUUUUUUUCUAUUUUUUUUUUCAUACAAUUGUAUGUUGAGUAUUUAUUGUUUUGGUAUGUGUUUUGUAUGUGUUUGGUUGCUGUUAGUUUUGUAUAUUUCAGUUUGUAAUAAUGUGUUGUGUAUUUAUCUUUUAUAAGUUUUGACCAAAUUGUGAACCUGAUAUAAACAUUCCAAUAUUUUAUUUUAUAAUUUUAAAGUUGUAACAAUGAUGCACACCUUUCAGCAAAUAGUUAUUUCAUUUUCCCAAAUUUCUUAAGAACGUUUUUGAAAUAGUUAACAUAUUGGUGUAUUUCUAGAUGAAAGAUUACUUGUCCCAAAAUACAUUUUGUAUCUCCAUUUGUUAAAUUUGAGCGGGCAGUAGUGGGAUGCUCACAGUUGGCAGGUGUAUAUCUACUUGAGCUGUAUCAGUCAAUCAAUUUUUGAGACUGGACAGUGCUAGUUUUUUCCUAAAUCAAUUUCACUGUUAUUAUCCUAUCCAUUAAAGGGGCACUAGCUGUCAAAUUCAUGUUCAUCGAUUUGACUCAAAUUCUCAUAUUUAAUGUAUAACAAUGUAAAACAUUUAUCCAAAUUAUAAAAAGUCUUAAAAUAAACAAUUGACAGGGCAUAGGAUGGAUAAUAUGUAUCUUCGUUUUGUGUGUAUUUUAGUCUAGACUCCAUCUAAUUAAUUGUCGAGUUGACCUCCCAAAAACCACUGAUGCCCAUAUAAGGUAUAUAAACAUAAAUAAGGAUGUAAAUAGAUAGCGCAACUCGUGCAAAUGGCACUGUUCUCCCCAGGCCGAUAUGUUGCUGCGGUGCCGCAGCGCCUUCAUAAUAUUUUUGUAGAUCCCACAGCGUCUUAAUUGGCAGCUGUCCCUUAAUACUUGAUCCCGCAGCGUCUUAAUUUUCACAUUUUCAUUAUAAAUGUUGGUUAAAAUUGUCAAGUUACUGAUCACCGCUGAUGGGUCGGUCAGUGUUACGCAAUAACUGAUAAUUAGUUUUACCUGAGCCAUGCUUAUCUCAGCCUUAUCCGACUAUGUUAUCAGGUAAUAGUGUAAAUGAUCAUCAAGAAGAUAGAUAUUUUUUGAAGAAAAUUAAAAAUUUUAAAAACUUCAGUGCAGAAAUUGAAGAAAUAGAUCGCAAAUACAUUGUAUUUACGCAUCGUGUGUGUGAUCACUUGACCAUUUAUAUAACGAACUUUUUCAUUGGUCGAGAAGAAGAAACUAUUUAAACACGAGCAAUGAACGUGUUGAAUACACGUGAUAAAUUAGAAUACACAUUGCUAAAGAUAUUUACGAUGAAAACUAUGAAUGAAAGUAUUAGAAGUUGAAAAAAUUAAAAUAAAGUUUGAUUAAAGAUAACGAGGAGUGAUUUACUUUAAUAGAAAGUGAAAAAAUGUUGCUUGCAAGGUAAAUUCUUCUGAAACUGUCAUAUUUUUAGAAAUAAAAUGAUCAUUGAACAUCGAUCGUGAAUCCGUGCGUCGGGAAAUAUGUGACAAUCAACACGGGUACAGAAUCGCCGCAGCUUCUGUAUAAUGUCACUGGUAAAUAAUUUCAGUGGUUUUAACUUUAACAAAUUUGUAAAGUUUCGUUUAUAUCUAUCUGCCAAAGAUAUGAUUAAACAAUAAUACACACGGAAGCGUAAUGUGAAACUACGGAAACUGGUCAGCUGUUCAUUUAUAAAAAAAAAUUGUUUUAAAAAGUUGUAUACCAAAUAUCUUAACCAUAUUCGAUUUUAUUAAUUCUGAAUGAACAUGUUCUAUGCAAAUAACAAAGGGGUGAAUUAUAAGCAAAAGGUAGAUGAUGGAAGUAGAAGUUUUUUUCAGACCAAUGACUUCUAAUGAAAAAGGGAAUACACCUCCACUUCUCCUAAUCUUAAACCAAGCUCAAGUUUUAGCAAUUGAUAAAAGCAAGCACCAUGUUCUUUGUUUCAAUGACAAAUGGCUGACUGAGUUUUCAUGGCUUAGAAAUGUUAAAGGGGGUGUAAGCAAAAGUUAUUGUGAGUGGGGGUUUAAUUUUUAACCCUGAAGAGGAUAAAGACAAAGUUGAGGAACAGACUGUCCAACAAAAUAACACUAUCUUGAAACAAUAUCCCUAGAAGGAGCAGAGAGUAGAGAUGAAUAUUUAUAUUUUGACUUCUUUAAUUGACUGAAUAUAAAUAACUUUUGUGUUUAAAAUCAAUUUAUUUCAUAUAUAUAUUCUUGUUAUUCAUUAAUACUCUGCAUUAUUAAACACAUAACACAAAGCAUUAUUAUUCAUAUUGCAUGUCAUGAUUCAUGACAUUGCUUCAGAUCACAAACGUUCACUCUAAAAAAAGAGUUACGCGCCCUUGAAUUUUGCGCCUUAAAAAAAUCCUGGGGAGAACACUGAAUGGAUUCUUCUAGGUCUAUUUAAUUUUAUUUAUAGAUUAAAAAUAUAUGUUAAGCAUGAUUUUUACCUGUAUAAGAAUGAUUUUUUUGAGGAUCGAAUCAGUCAAUUAAAUGAUUAACCUUUGUUUCACUUUCAAUGUUGACAUUCUUUUCCUUUAAAUAAUCAAACAUGCACACAAUUGAUGCGUUUUCCAUCUCUAGCUUUGGGGUUAAAUUGAAGUUCACAUGAAUACGAAUUCAAUGAGGUCGAAUUAUUCACUUGCAAGUGAAUAAUUCAUCAUCAAUAUUUCUUUGCUUAUUUUGACAAAAUUAGACAAUACUAGCUGCUAAAAGCGAAUUAUUAUUUCACUAUUUCACUUUCAUUAAUGAUUGAACAAAAAAAAUAAUAUUUUAUAAUUUGUUUAUAUCUAGUAGCUAGUGCCCCUUUAAGUUGAUAAGAAUUUUUCUGAAUAUAACAUGAGUAUAGAUAUUUUGUAUGUUUUUUAUAGACAAUUUUAUAUUCUUUGUGCCUUGUUCAAUUCAAAAUGUAUGCAAGCAGUCUUCUCUGAAUUUAGGAUUUUUUUAUCAAAUGGAUAUGAUUAUGUUUGUUGGAAGGAUGGUCUUAAGUUGAUAUGUUUGAUCAAAAACCAUGCAAUCAUCUUUAGAAUUUUGUAUGUUGAACCCACAGACAUGUUUCUCUCACUUUGAUUUGGAAGAGAUGAUGUCAACUUUUGCUAGAACCUGUCACAUUUUGAGAGGGUCCCUUAUUAGCACAAUGUAAUGUAACUGGUUGUUGAUUUUUAAUGAAUUUUUUUAAAAAUAUUUACAUUUUUUACAUUUAUAAUAAUGUUGUGUAUUGUAGUUCUUUUCUGAUUUUUUAUGAAGAAUAGAAUUUUAUAUUUAAAUGAAUUUAAACCUUUCUUUGAAAAAAAUGCUGAAGAAGAUUUUUAGUGCUUCAAAAUUUUUUUGAAGGAGUUAAUGAAAAAAAAUAGUGGCAUACUAAAAUCAAGCAACUAAAAUAAGUCAGAAGUGCUAUUUCAUUUUUGGACAGAAGUCAUGAGUCAUUUAAAUAUAGAUUCUACCACUGCAUCGAGUGUGAUACGAUAUUUAUCCACUUGAGACAGUUAAAUUUUCAAAUUUAAAAUGUAAGGCUUAAAAUUUAACUGUUGGGUAAAUAUCGAUAUAUAUGGAUGAAGAUGGAUUAGAAUUUCUUUCAUUCCAUCUGUCACAUUCAUUUGAUUUGAAAGGAGUAUAACUGAAUUGCAAUAGCGGAAAUUUGUAAUUUUUCAGUGCUAUCCAACAUUUUGAUGUAUGCGAACAGGAUUUAACAUAAGGAUGUUUGUUAUUGAGGGUUUAGGAUAUCCCUACCUAUCCAACCAUGUUCAGUUAGAUUAAACAACUUUGAAUUGGUUCUAUUUUUUAACUUUUUCUAAUGGUAGCUGUCUGUAAAACAAGUUGACUUUUGUUGAUUUUUAAAGGAAUUUGUGCAUGUUGCCCUCCAACAUUGUGACUAAGGGAAAAAAACAACUCAAAUUACAUUUAAAACAAAAUUUAUUAUUAGAAUGAUUUUUAUUUAUUCUGUUUGAUAGAAAAUUUUAACUAAUUUGAUAUUUUAUGAACUGGCUGACCUAUUAAGGAUUAAUACAGUUACAUGAAAAAGACUUUACAAAAGUUAAAAGGUGCUAAACGUAUGUUAGACAAUUUGACAAAUGUUACAGAUUGUUUAUCAGUUUUCUUUCUUUGUAAUAUUUGAAGAAAGCUAAAUAUUAUUUGGGACAAUAGUGUGAAUUAUUUUCCUUGUCAGUGAUUGAUGAUUUAUCCCUUAUGUUGCUAUGAACAAUUUCAUUUGUACUUGCACAAUAAAUAUGGUGAAAGAAA